AUGGCGCUUGAAUCCCUCCCAACAGAGCUUCGCAUCCUUGUGAUCCAACAGCUCCCCGAUGUCCAAUCCCUCAAGUCUCUGGUUCAUGCAUCCCCGAUCUACUACAACACAUAUUCCCUCUCCAAGAAGAGACUCCUCCAUGACAUCCUCCAACGACAGUACGGUCUCGUAGACCUGGCUGAGCCAGUGGCAGCCAUUCGCUCCCAAGGUCUCCAUGCCGACGUACCGGCCAACCGGGAUCAGAUUGUCACUCUCCUCGACCGUCGCCGUCGUCAUGGCGAGCUACCGGGUUCCGAAAACGCCCCCGCAGACAUGGAGGAAUGCUUGCGGCUCUCCCACUUCUACCGCCACCUCGAACACCUCCUCGACGUCUACUGCGCCCAAGCUUCUUGCCCACCUGGCGUGUCGCAAGAAACAUGGGACCAGAACCGUCCCAUUAACCCCUCCAAUACUGAAAAAGCCCGCAUCAUCCGUGCCCUCUGCCGUCUCCAAACCUACUGCAACAUCUUCGGCGCCCGAGAAUGGAGCGAAGAACACCAACAGACCGACGUAUCCUCCCCCUCACAACCCCGCUUCAAGCGCAGAUCCUCCAGCUGGUACCGCAACUUCAACCUCCAUGAAAUGUGGGGUAUGAUCUUUGGCACCAUGCCCCCCUGGGAGGUCGAAGAAUUCGGCUGUCUCUGGGUCUUCCUCCAACAGCAGUACACGGAGAUCUUUUCCGAGAUUGCCCAGGAGUUCCCACGAAACAGUCACAAAUGGCAAUCUCUCCGACCCACGGUCGACGGCAUGGAACUGUUCCCCAGCGUUGACGGCGAUGGAAGCGACGGAAACGACUACAACGAUUACCGCAACCAUCUAGUCUCCCUGGGCCCAUCCUUCCUUUACAAAGUCCUCCGUCAACCGUCCUACGAGGCACGCCGCAACCUCAUUGCCUGUAAUGCCGUCUCCUCCAAAUCUUCCUUCAUGAUCCUGGUCGAGGUCUCCCGGGACCCUCCGUCCCUCCUGUACCCAGCCGACAAGUACGAAAGCGAAGACAUCGGCAGAGCCCUCCCGCUGAUGCCGGCCAUCGAGCAACCCAACAGUGGCUGGAAGCACCACUGGCACGGCUACGGGCCUAUCCACCGCGUCCGGGAAGUGGUCCGCAGCGACAACCUCCAGGAACCGUGGAUUGAGCGAACGAUUGGAAACUCCGCCGGAUGGCAAUGGGGGUACGCGAUCUGGGACGAGGAACGAAAUGCGGCCGGUCACCGCCUAUAA